UCGAAGCACAGAUGUAUGUACACGCUCUCUCGUAGCAUCACGCUCAAUAUUUUCUGUUUCUUCGUCGAGAUCUCCUUAUCCUCUAGGUUAUAAAAAUUUCCCCGAGAGUCUCCAAGUCCAUAUUCGUCAUUGGACGUACAUUGCCCCGCCUACAUCCGCAUGCAUAUUUAAGAUAAGCAAUAGCGUAUUAUGGUCAUACCAAACUGAAGAAAGAGAAAUAAUCCUACCUGUUCUUUCCUUUUAUCAAAAUGAGAGGAGAAGCAACGACGAAUGCGUUUGCAAUCUACGCGCGGUACACACAAAUAUUUAAUGCAAAACUCCUAUUGGGCUAGGGGGGGGGGGUUGUCCUAGGGGUGCGUCUGUAUGAUGACCUCUUGCGACUUCCCAGUCUUUACACGGAUAUUCGCAGUUAUAAUAUCGAAAUAUCGCUGACGAAAAAUAUACAUAUUUAGCGAAACACAUUUCUUUUUCGUUUCUUUUCUUAUAUUCCGUUUACUUUCACGACGGUAUUCUUUUGUACGUAUACAUAUCUUAAUAGAUUUGUAUAUACGAGCGACCAUAAGAACAAAUGUAAAAUCAUGACGCGUAACAGUACAAUUAAUCGCACUUUGAAAUUUAUAUUAUGUUUGUUCGGCAUCUGGCCAGAUAUGUCUUGUGCUAUAUUAUGUAGAACAUUUUGGGCCAUCACAGCAAUAAUUUUUAUAAUCUGUCAGUAUCGGUAUCUCUCAUUAUAUUUUCGUACUGACGAUAUAUUUGAAUUAGUGGACUGCAUCAGUAGCUUUGUAUGGUACUUUAAAUUAAUGGGCAAAUUAAUUUUCUUUUCGAUAAAUCAACGAACACUCAAUGAAGUUUUAACGAUGAUGACGAAAGAUUGGAAGGAUUGCGCUAAGAGUGACAUCGAGACACGGCAGGCAUUAAGCAAGGCAAAAAUAUCGGAUCGCGUUGCCAAUAUCGUCAUCGUUUUUCAGACAAUUGCCGUGCUCUCAUAUGGCACUGGCAUUGUCUUAGCUGAUGUUGAUGUCACCGAUCAAACAAUCAGAUUGCCCCACAUUCAUAAAAUGGAUUUGCCCUUCCACAUAAGUACACAACGUAUGUAUAGAUUUAUAGUAGCCUCCGAACUGAUAUAUGUUACCAUGGCUGGCUGGUGUUCGGGUUUAUUAAACGUUUUAUUAUUAACGUUGAGCUUGCACGUAGGUGGCCAAAUAGAUAUUGUAUGUUACUGGCUGACGAAAUUGGUGCCUGAAUCAAACAUGAAAGAAACCGAGUCUGUUGACGUUACAAUAUACAAAAUUAUCCAGAAACAUCAAAAAAUCAUUUACUUCUCAAAAAAGAUUGAAAAGAUAUAUACAUUUAUCGCAUUAAUAUUAUUUGUAACAAACAUGAUAAUGAUUUGUUUCUUAGGAUUUUUGUUUGUAACCGCGCUGGAUAAUCCUGAUGCAAUGGAGAAAAUAGCGAGAUCUUUUUCAUUUUUUGGUGUAACAAAUAUCGAGGCAUUCAUAUUUUGUUAUGCGGGAGAAUAUAUAAUAAAUAAGAGCGAUGCACUUGAACUUGCUGCGUACAAUUGUGCUUGGUAUGAUUUAGAACCUAAACUCAGUCGCAUGGUGUUAUUCGUGAUAUUGAGAGCGCAGAAGCAAUUGACGCUCACUGUCGGAAAAAUGACGAAUCUCUCGUUACAAUGCUUCGCAACAGUGAGAUUAUGCACAAUACAUAAGAUAAUUCACGAUCCUAAUUGUAUAAUAUUCACCACAAUUAUGCAGAGUAAUUCUAUUGGGUUAGGUUAUAAUUCUUUGUUAAACUUAAACAGAAAAAAUGAUAAAGGAAAAUCUUUUACUGUUUAGUAAAAGAAACGGUGAAAGAUUUUCUAUCGCUUUUAUUAAAAACGCUUUUAUUUUACGUUUAUUUAAAAAAAAAGUUGCAAUCCAGCCCAGUUAUUAGAAUUAUCCUGCCUAUAUCUUUCGGAUUUACGCUUACUUAUAUAGGUUUUUUUUUCAUUGUGCAUAGAUUAAUGAAUAUUACAUUCUCACGGCGAUAACUUGAGUACAUCGUAUGACGUAUCAUCAUCUGUCAAUAAUAAUAUAUUCUGAUAUAUGCCUUGUUAUAGAUCAUGAAUUCUUCGGGAUCAUACAUGACAAUGCUAUUAGCGAUGCAAUGAGCAUCUCUCGUCUCUCUCUUUCUCUCAGUUUCAACUGAUGAUCCUAAAGUAUGUAUUUAGCUAUAUAAACUCACUAGUUAGACAAACGCAUAUUGUAACAUAGCAUAUUUUUUCGAAUAUAUAUAUUCCAAAAAAUAAUGUAAAAUAAUGUAAUUAGUAAUAAGAAAAUUUACAAAAUGUUAAAUUAUUAUAUAUAUUUAUAAAAAUUAUUUGAACUCUAAGUUGCAGUGCGAGAUCCUAGCACAAAAAGAGAUUGGUGAUGUAUCUCCAAUUUUCACAAAUUCCGAUCUCUC